GAUUUAGGCACCGUCUUGUACAUCCCUUUUAGUCUUUUUAUAGAGGAGAGCUCUUCGCUUCCCCUUCGGAGAACUCUUCGCUUGGGAGGCGAGGAGAGGAAGAGAAGCGCAGGGGAAGGACGGCGAUAACUCUGAUUCUCUCGAUCAAUCUGAAGAAAGGGACUGCGAUAGUGAUUGAGAGAGAGAUAUGGGUGAGAAGAGAUUUGCCGUUCUUCUCUGCGCUGAAGAUUCUGAGUACGUGAAGAAGUUGUAUGGGGGAUAUUUUGAGGUGUUCGUCGGAAUGUUGGGAGAUGAAGGUGAGACUUGGGACCUUUACAGGGUCAUCAAUGGGGAUUUCCCUCAGGACGAGGAGCUGAAAUGCUACGAUGGGUUCGUUCUCACGGGUAGCUGUAGUGACGCUCACGGGAAUGAUCUCUGGAUCCUUAAUCUUGUCAAUCUCUUGAAGAAGCUGGACUCCAUGAACAAGAAGAUCCUGGGUAUCUGUUUUGGUCAUCAGAUUCUGUGCCGUGCAUUGGGAGGAAAGACUGGAAGAGCAGCUUCAGGAUGGGAUUUGGGUGUAAGAAUGAUCAACUUUUUGCCUUCCAAACACUUCUCCUCUGCUCUCAAAUUGCCCGUCUAUGAAUGCCAUAGAGAUGAGGUGUGGGAGCUGCCACCACAUGCGGAGGUGAUAGGUCGGUCCGAUAAGACGGCGGUGGAGGUGUUCAAGUACAAAGAACACAUAAUGGGCAUACAAGGCCACCCUGAGUACACUAAAGGCCUCUUCCUCAGUAUCGUUAAUCGUCUCCUCCACUGCAAUCUCAUUCAGGAAUCUGAAGCUGUGGUGGGAAAGACAAGGGCAGAGGAACAAGUGCCGGACGGAGAGGCAUGGAAGAGAUUGUGCAAGAGCUUUCUGAAAGGUUCAAAACCAACUGCAAUCACAUCACUAAAACCAACUACAACCCUAUCACUUCUAUAG